AUGUCUCUUAUUUCUAGAAAUGUCCUGCUUAAACUAUCCUACAACGGGCAACAAUACCACGGAUUUGCAUACCAGCCAGGGCUACCAACAGUAGAGCACCAUCUAUUUCUGAGCCUUAUCAAGAAUAAGUUUGUAGAAAUAAAUAAUGGGCUACCUAUUCAGCCAAGCACAUUUGUAUGGCCAAAGGAAAUACUUGCCUCAAUUGCACUAAUGAAGUAUUAUAAAUGUGGUAGAACAGAUGCAGGCGUGUCUGCUGCAGCUCAGUUUAUAUCAAUACACCUUCCAUCCAAUACUGAGAAGGACUACCCAUACGAUAUAAUGAUCAACCAGCAUCUUCCAAAUGAUAUAAGAGUGCUUGGAUGGAUGUUUGUGGACAAAGAAUUCAGCGCAAGGUUUACGUGUAUUUCUAGAGAGUAUGAAUACUAUUUCUCUAAAAGGCCAGCAAGCAUCCUAAACAUAGAAACAAUGAAAGAUGCAUCUAAAAAGCUACUUGGUACACACUGGUUUGGAAGACUUUGUAAACAGGAGAAGGAGUCGUCAAAACAAAAAAGGCUUGAAAAAAAGCAGAAACUAUCCCCUGAUGAAGUAACGGCAGAAGAGUCUGUUCGUACCGUAGAUUUAAUUAGUUUUGAAAAAGUUUGCACCGAUGAAAUAACAGGGGUGGAAGUGUACCUCAUGAGAAUUAGGGCCAGGUCAUUUUUGCAUAAUCAAGUCAGAAAGAUUUUCUCUUUAUUAUUUAUGGUAGGCUCAGGGUCUGCUAUAGAAAUAGAGAAUAUCUUAAAUAAAAAUGAAGUACAAAAACAUGACAUAAAACUAGCCGAGCCUGCUCCUCUAGUUCUUUCUAGAUGUGUGUUUUCUAAUACAGAUUUAAGCCAUUUAAAGUCUUCUCAGGCAAAGAACCACCCGCAUAUAAAAAUAUGUGAAGAUGUUCUUGUUAGGUCCAAGGUAAAUGAAAGAAUUACAAAGGAAUUCUUUUUAUAG